AAUGAAAAAAAAUUAACAAAUAGAAUAACAAAAAUUUCAAAUUUCUACAAUUUGAAAAAAAACAAGAAUAGAAAUAUAGAAAAUUAAAAAAAAAAAGAAAUUGCAAAACGAAUAAACUUAUUUUGCCAAAAAAGAGAAUUUUAGAGGCAAAUUAAAUAAAAAUAGGACAAAAAAAAAUUUGAAACGAAAAGAAUUUCAAAUUUUGAUACAAAAGGAAAUUUGAAAUUAGAAAAAAAAAAUUCUUAAACAAGAAUUUUUGUGAAAAGAAGAAAAAAUUGUUUGAAGAUGAUUAAUAAUCAACAGCGAAAUAUAAUUAAUACAAAAGAACCUCUACAACAACAACAACAACAACAACAACAACAACAACAUCAUCAUCAUGGUGGUCUUCAACAUCAACAAUCGAUAUCAUCGAAACCAUCGUUAGUGUCGGCGAGUUCGAGUAUCGAUUCUGACGUGAGCGAUAGACGAGAUGUUCGAGAGGCACUCUACACAGGAAUAUUUAGGCGACAUCGUAAAACAAUUCUCGUUUUAGGGAGUUUUCUCAAAAUGUUAAAAAUGAAUAGAAACGUUAAUAAUUACGCUAGCAUUAAAGCCAAUGAGGAACAAGAUGAGUGAACUAUGUUUUAAUCAUUAUCAUUUUUCAUUUAUGUUAUAAAAAAAAAAAAAAAAAAAAAAAAAAAUUUAAUUAACUCAUAAAAUUUUCCAUUAUUUAUAAAUUUCUAUAUAUGCGCAAAAAAAAAUUCCAAAUGUCUCUCACUCUUUCUCAUUUUUUAUUGCAUACUUUUAUUUCUAGUGAUGAAUUUGACGAUUAAUUAAUGAUACUAUAAAAUAAAAUAAUUUAUUUUCAUUUUAUUUUUCGUGCCCUAGGAAAGCCAGAGCUAGUGGAUUUUGUUUUUAUUUGUUAAUCAGAGAUUUUUGGUGUCACUGAUUAUGAAUCUGAAGCCAGAUUUUCAAAAUUUUCAAAAUUCAAAAUGGCGGAUCCAACAUGGCGGACAUUUUUUGAAAAUUGCU